GGGCAGCGGCGCGGCGUGCCCGCUCUUGCCGCCGCGGGCGGGCCCGGGCGGGCGGGGGCUCGGCGGGCGCGGGGCCGGGGCGCGGCGGGCGCCCCAUUGGCUCUCCCCGCCGGCCCAGGCAGCCGGCCCCGCUAUAAAAGCGGCCGCGGCCCCCACGGCAGCCCGUCCUCCCGCCUCCGCGCCUCCCCAGGGACACCGCCAGCCCCGCCGCCAUGGCCCUCGAUGCGUUUUUAGGCAAAUGGUGCCUCGUCUCCAGCGAGGGCUUCGACGAGUAUAUGAAGGAGCUGGGUGUGGGUAUGGCCAUGAGAAAAAUGGGAAGCAUGGCCAAACCAGAUGUUUACAUUAUUAAGGAUGGGGACACAGUCACCAUCAAAACCGAAAGCACCUUCAAAACUUCACAGUUCAGCUUCAAGCUUGGCGAGAAAUUUGAGGAAAAUACAUUAGAUGGCAGGAAAACUCAGACCCUUGUCAGCUUAAAAGAUGAUGGGUCCUUGAUUCAGGAGCAGGAAUGGGAUGGCAAGAAGACCAUAAUAACACGGAAACUAGUGGAUGGACAGUUGGUGGUGGACUGUGACAUGAAUGGUGUCAAGUGUGUUAGAGUCUACCAGAAAGCAUGAGGACAUCUUCAUGUUCAGUAGGAAUUUGCUGCAAACAACUCAGUUCAGUGGACAGAGCUCCUUUACACUCCAUAUUUUCCUUUUCCCUGUUUUCUAGUAUUUCAAUGGACUGAGUAGCUGAGUGCAAUCCUUUUUAAAAGCCGUGGUGUAACUAUUAUGUAACUAUUCUGAAUUUAUGAGGCUAUGAAAUAAAAUUGUCAAAUAUAUGAAGUGGAAAUGUUGUUACUGUAGUAGAAUUUUAAAGUGAGGUUUUAUAAAAACUCAGUUUGGUUUUAGGCUCCAUUACGAACUGCCUUCAGUUCAAGAUACUGUAAUAUAUGGCAACAAACAGUUAAUAGCAAGCUAAAUUUUGACCCCUGUCCUUAAUGGCUAAGGUAGUAAGAUCUCAAAUAGAAAAGACAUUCAGAGUUCAGGCUCUAGAGUUGUUUCUAACUUGCAUGUUACAAAGUCAGUAGAAUUGGGUGGAGAUUGGGUAAGAGAUAAGCUUUGGUGUUUAAGUAGGAGAGUGUAUUUUCAAGGAUUAUUUUUUUUUUUUUCAUGUUUCAAACCCACAAAUUUCUCAUCUGAAAAAACAGAUAAUGGUGAGCCAAUGGGCAUGAUAAACUUAAGCAGUCGUAUGUGCUUUUCUAAAAUGAAGCCUUAUUUUGAGAAGACUGUUUGUUUUCCUAGCAAAAAUCUUAUUUUCUGUCUAGUAACAUUCAAAAAAUUAACCAAAAUCUACUGAAAUACUGCCUAAAACUUAAAGCCUCAUUUUAUUUUAUUUUUUUUUUUUUUUUAAACUGGCUUGAAACACCUAGCAAUGGAGUUUAUAUGCUUUAAAGUGCCAUAAUAAAUAAUCAGAAAUAUC